UGUUUCCUCUGUUGCCAGCAGUUUCAACCAGAAUUUCUUCUCAGUCAAAGAGCCAACAGCAACAGGAUGCAACUCCUGAAAUGAGCAGGAGCCUAUAGUUGCAAGAAACGGAUGAAGCCAUGCGCUCCUUUGCAGAAAAGGUCUUUGCUUCAGAGGUCAAAGAGGAAGGCCACCAGGAAAUCUCUCCCUUUGAUGCAGAAGAGAUCUGCCCUAUCUCAGACAAAGAAAAUAAAGAGCACAUGAUCCAGGAAGAGGCUGAAAGUGAUUCUGGAAAAAAGAGGAAGAGGCUCUUGAGACUGAAAACCAUUGCAUUGGUUGUUCCUCUUAUAGGAAAGUCUUCAACCAAAUUGUCUACCUUGGAUGAGGUUAUGUCUACAAAUACUUCAUACCAAACCGUGCCCAAAUUUCAGCGUGUGCAGAUUACAGGAGACUAUGCUGCUGGGGUGACAGUGGAGGACUUUGAAUUAGUCUGCAGUGGCCUAUACCGUGCCCUAUGCAUACGAGAGAAGUAUAUGCAGAAGUCCUUCCAGCGUUUCCCCAAGACUCCCUCCCAGUUCCUGCGCACCAUUGAGAAUGAAAUGUGGAAACCCGAUGAUGAUCUGUGGCCAGUGUUUAACCCAGCCGUGAAACAUGGUGAAGAUCCUUUCCGGUCUGACAAUCUCCCUGAAAAUUUGGGCUACCACGUGCAAAUGAAGGAUGGUGUGGUGUACAUCUAUGCUGACAAAGCAGCCGCUGCCAGGGGUGAGCCCAAGGAUCUGCCCUAUCCUAACCUGGAGACCUUCAUUGAUGACAUGAACUUCCUGCUGGCCCUUAUAGCUCAGGGGCCUGUUAAAACAUAUGCACACCGACGCCUUAAAUUCCUUUCCUCCAAGUUCUGUGUGCAUGAGAUGCUGAAUGAGAUGGAAGAGUUGAAGGAGCUGAAGAAGAACCCCCAUCGGGACUUCUAUAAUUGUCGGAAGGUCGACACGCACAUCCAUGCUGCAGCUUGCAUGAACCAGAAGCAUCUGCUGCGAUUCAUUAAGAAGACAUGCCGGGUUGAUACUGAAAGGUUGGUGUACAAAUCCAAGGACAAGUCAUUAACACUGAAACAGCUCUUUGAGCACCUCAAACUGGACCCCUAUGACCUGACAGUGGACUCACUUGAUGUCCAUGCAGGCCGCCAGACCUUCCAGCGCUUUGACAAGUUCAAUGCCAAGUAUAACCCUGUGGGCGCCAGUGAGCUACGUGAUCUCUAUCUGAAGACUGAAAAUACCAUCAAUGGUGAAUAUUUUGCUACCAUCAUCAAGGAGGUUGGCUCUGACCUGGAGGAUGCCAAGUACCAGUAUGCAGAACCACGACUGUCCAUCUAUGGGCGUUCACCAGAAGAGUGGCCCAAAUUAGCCAAGUGGUUCAAUGAACAUCGUGUUUAUUCACCCAACAUGAAAUGGAUGAUCCAGGUGCCCCGAAUCUAUGAUGUGUUCAAGAAGCAGAACUUUCUGCCUCAUUUUGGGCAGAUGCUGGAGAACAUUUUUGUGCCAGUGUUCCAGGCAACAAUCAACCCACAGGACAAUAAAGACAUGAGUGUUUUUCUACGCCAUAUUACUGGUUUUGACAGCGUAGAUGAUGAAUCCAAACACAGUGGGCACAUGUUUUGUACCAAGAGCCCCAAGCCCAAUGAGUGGAGCCAUGAGAAGAAUCCAUCCUACACAUAUUAUGUGUACUACAUGUAUGCUAACAUCAUGGUGCUCAAUAACCUUCGACGAGAACGUGGCAUGAACACCUUCCUCUUUCGUCCUCACUGUGGAGAAGCUGGAGCUAUCACCCACCUGCUGGCUGCCUUCAUGACUGCGGAUAACAUCUCUCAUGGUUUGAACCUGAAGAAGACUCCUGUGUUACAGUAUCUGUACUUCCUAACCCAGAUUCCUAUUGCCAUGUCCCCGCUCAGCAACAACAGUCUCUUCCUUGAAUAUGCCAAGAACCCACUUCUUGAUUUCCACCAGAAGGGACUGAUGGUGUCACUGUCCACUGAUGACCCAAUGCAAUUCCACUACACCAAGGAACCUCUCAUGGAAGAGUAUGCCAUUGCUGCCCAGGUGUUCAAACUCAGCACUUGUGACAUGUGUGAGAUUGCACGUAAUAGUGUCCUCCAAAGCGGUCUUUCUCAUGAGGAAAAACUCCAUAUGUUGGGAGAGACUUACCAAGAGGAGGGGCCACAGGGGAAUGACAUCCGCAAGACCAACGUGGCUCAGAUCCGCAUGGCCUACCGCUAUGAGACGUGGUGCUAUGAGCUCAACCUUAUUGCUGAAGGGCUGAAAACUACUGAAUAGGAAGCUCAGUGCAGCAGCUUAUUAUGUCAGAGAUGAUCACAAAAUGAAGAAAUAACCAUGCUGUUCAAGAUUAUGCAAUCAAAAGAGUGGGAGAA